AUGACCUUUGUGUAUGAGGAAUACUUGAAAGCCUCUAGUACAGCCAACGAUGUUCAGAUCCAUGAAAGGAGUCACACUGGGAAGAAGGCCUAUGUAUAUAACCAAUGUAGAAAAGCUUUUAGAAGACAAGGGUCUUCUAAACAUGAAAGGCUUCACACUAGGGAGAAAACCUAUGUAUGUAAACAGUGUGGAAAAGCUUUUAGUGCACAUACAAAUUGUAAAAGACAUGAAAGAAUUCACACUGGUGAGAAGCCCUCUGUAGGUAAGUACUGUGGGAAAGCUUUUAGUACACAGAAUGACUGUAAAAGACAUGAAAGGAUUCACAUUGGGAAGAAACCCUGUGUUUGUAAGCAUUGUGGGAAAACUUUUACUACACAAGUUUGUUGUAAAACACAUGAACAGAAUCACAGUGGAGAGAAAUCAAAUAUAUGUAAGCAAUAUGCAAAGGCUUUUUGUUCUCAAACUGAUUGGGAAAGACGUGAAAAACUUCACAUUGAGGAGAAACCCUAUAUAUGUAAACUGUGUGGCAAAACUUUUAGUAGGCAAACUAACUGUAAAAGACAUGAAAGAAUUCACACAGAGGAGAAACCAUAUGCAUGCAAGCAAUGUGGGAAGGGUUUUAGAACGCAGUAUUAUUGUGAAAAACAUGAAAGAAUUCACACUGCCGAGAAACCCUAUGUAUGUAAACGGUGUGGAAAAGCUUUCAGAACACAAAGUCAAUGUAAAACACAUGAAACAAUGCACACUGGUGAGAAACCAUAUGCAUGCAAGCAGUGUGGGAAAGCUUUUAGAAUGCAAUAUCAUUGUAAAAGACAUGAAAGAAUUCACACUGGGGAAAAACCCUAUGUAUGUAAACAGUGUGGUAAAGCUUUUUUUACACAUACAGAUUGUACAGCGCAUGAAAGAAUUCACACUAAGGAUAAGCCCCAUGUAUGUACACAGUGUGGGAAAGCUUUUAUUACACUACGUCAAUGUAAAACACAUGAAAGAAUACACACUGCAGAGAAACCCUAUGUAUGUAAACAGUGUGGAAAAGCUUUCAGAAUACAAAGUCAAUGUAAAACACAUGAAAGGAUUCACACUGGUGAGAAACCAUAUGCAUGCAAGCAGUGUGGGAAAGCUUUUGGAAUGCAAUAUCAUUGUAAAAGACAUGAAAGGAUUCAUACUGGGGAAAAACCCUAUGUAUGUAAACAGUGUGGAAAAGCUUUUCUUACACAUACAGAGUGUACAAUGCAUGAAAGAAUUCACACUGAGGAGAAACCCUAUGUAUGUACACAGUGUGGAAAAGGUUUUACUACACAUACAAGUUGUAAAAGACAUGAAAGAAUUCACACAGGUGAGAAACCCUAUGUAUGUAAGCACUGUGGAAAAGCAUUCAGUAGACAAAGUCUCUGUAAAACUCAUGAAAGGAUUCACACUGGGGAAAAACCCUAUGUAUGUAAACAGUGUGGAAAAGCUUUUCGUACACAUACAGAGUGUACAACGCAUGAAAGAAUUCACACUGAGGAGAAACCCUAUGUAUGUACACAGUGUGGAAAAGGUUUUAUUACACAUACAAGUUGUAAAAGACAUAAAAGAAUUCACACAGGUGAGAAACCCUAUGUAUGUAAACACUGUGGAAAAGCAUUCAGGAGACAAAGUCUCUGUAAAACUCAUGAAAGGAUUCACACUGGGGAGAAGCCCUAUUUUUGUACUCAAUGUGGGAAAGCUUUUAGUAGAAAAUAUUAUUAUAAAAUUCAUGAAGGAAGGCAUACUGGGCAGAAUCCUUAGGUAUGUAAGCAAUGUGGGAAAACUUUACACAAUGGUAUUGUAAAACACAUGCAAGGAUUCAUGCUGGGGAGAAACACUGCAUGUAAGCAAUGUGGGAAGGCUGUACUCAAAGUCUGUAAAGACAUGAAAGCAUUCACACAGGGCAGAAACCCUAUUAUGUAAGCAAUGUGAGAAAACUUUCCUCACAGAUGGUGAUUCUCAGGAACAUGAAUCUAUGCUAGGUUGAAAAUCUGUAUGCAAGCAAUAAGGAAUUUUCUACUACAAAAGUUUACUGUAUACAGCAUUUUAAAAAUUCAAGUAGAGCUGUAUGUAAACUGUUUUGGAGAGCUUUGCUAUUCAAGUUUAUUGUGAAGUACCUGAAGGAACACACAUGGGGGAAUAUUGUGUGUAUACAAGGACAGUAGAGCAAGCGAGAUAUCUCAGCAGCAUAAGGGCCCCCCUAAUAAUCGUAAGGUUGAGAAUUUGAUCCCUGGUACUCAAAAUGAAACAAAACAAAAGACAGGAAAAGAAGAUGUGCAUGCUAUCAAUAUCGGUCAUACUUGUUAAUGGGAGAUACUGUUGUAAUGUAUGAAGACAGCCUUAGUUGCAUUGAAGCAAAGUAUAUUUCUUCAGUAGCCUUUUGAUUGUAUUUACAUUAUAAUUCACAUCUGCUUUUAUUUUUGAAGAUUUUAGGUUUUUAAGCAACAGCUAAUAUAAUACAGUUGAUGUCCAUUCUAAAUAACAAAAUACAAAUAUAUUUUUAUAAUACCUAUUAAAAAUGUAAUGCUUUAUUGAUAUUUUAUGUUUGCGUUAACUACACACAGUAUAAUUAGAACCUCCAGAUAAAACAGCAAGACCACUGAGGUAUGAAGUAUGUCCUACAGAAUAGUUCAGAAAGCAAAACGUGCUGUCCAUGGAAGUGGUAUGUGUGUAUGGAACAUGUCACUGUCAUGUGUGUAGAUUGCCUAAGCUGAGAUAACUGAAGUAAAGCUCUUUUAUAGAAUUUUAUUUUCUCUGUAGUUCAUAUGAAUUUAUUUUUGUUCUCUUAUAGACUGUAC